UUUGAGACGGUGUACGUUUUCUUUUUUUAAUAUAAAAAAAAGAGGUGAAUCCAGAUCGGGAUUUCGAUGCUCCCCAACUCGUCCGGCUUCUGUAGUAGUAGUCAGCCGCCAGAUUUUCAACAUACCAGGUUGUAUCGAGAGAGAGAAGCUGGGUUUGUCAUUGUCUGCGUCUCCACAGUACUGUGUAUGCCCCUCUUAGAAUGUAUGUGUGACUGAGAGUGUGAGUGUGUGUUUGUGUGCGUGAAUGUGUAUCUGUACAAGACAAACCGUCUGGCUCCACCUCUCUCUCUCUAUCCUCUCUACCUCCCUCUCUAUCUCUUCCCUCCCUCCUCCCGCCAUCAGUCUCUUUCACUCUCUCUCUCUCACACACACACAUACACUCUCUCUUCCUACCAGCUGCAAGCAGCUGCCUGGUGUUAUUCAGGGAAGACCUAACGGAUUAAAAUAAAGGAAGCGAAAGAGAGAGAGAGGGAAAAAAUCAUCACAAGGAAAAAGGGUGAAGAUUUCGCAUCAGCAUGCAGAAUGCUACACCGUCCGUGAAACAGCUACAGUGUGGUCGGAUUGAAAGGCGGAAAGAGCACUGAGAGAUUGUUUGCUUUUUGAAAAUAAAAGACCACGCAAGGCAGAGACAAGAGGGAGAGAUUGUAUUUUUAAAAAAAUAAUAAAAAAAAGCCUCCUCCCCCAUCUCCAGCUUUACAUGUGAAGAAGAUAGCAUUCCCGGCGAUUCAGCGUCCUUGGUAAUGCCAGUGGGGGGAGAGGAGUCCUGGCUGCGGUGAAUCUGAAGCUGUUUAACCCAUCUCACCGCUGCCCCCCCCAACUCCAACCCCCACGGAGUCGGGGUUCGACGGACAUUCGGCCAGGUGAGAGAAUGAGAGAAAGAGCGACCAACACGGACGGACAGUUCCAUUCAUGAUGUGGAUGCGAAGAAAGAUACAUUAAAAGGCUCUAGGGAGCGUGUGGACGGGGUCUGAGGAUCACUGGUCCCAGCCCUACAGCCUUAGAGCAUUAGACUUCAACAGAGGACUGGACAACGCACAGGGACCUCACUAGAGACAAUGGGCUUCCUUUGGUGGACACUCUGGGUUUGCUGGAUCACACUCUUCAGCCCAAGACCUGUAGAAGGUUUAAGUCGGGCUGCCUUGCCAUUUGGUCUGAUGCGCCGGGAGCUGGCAUGCGAAGGAUACCCCAUCGAGUUGCGGUGCCCAGGGAGCGAUGUCAUAAUGAUCGAGAGCGCCAACUAUGGGCGAACUGACAGCAAGAUCUGUGACGCCGACAUCUUCCAGAUGGAGAACGUGGAGUGUUACCUUCCUGACACCUUCAAGAUCAUGUCACAAAGGUGUAACAACCGUACACAGUGUGUGGUGGUGGCAGGUUCCGACGUCUUCCCUGACCCCUGCCCAGGGACCUACAAGUAUCUGGAGAUCCAGUAUGAGUGUGUCCCCUACAAAGUGGAACAAAAAGUAUUCGUCUGCCCCGGGACAUUGCGGAAAGUCUUCGAGCCAACCAAUGUCUUUGAGUCAGAGCAUGAGGCAGGCGCCUGGUGCAAGGAUCCUCUUCAGGCCGGUGACCGCAUUUACUACAUGCCGUGGAUCCCAUACCGCACCGACACACUGACCGAAUACGGGUCGUGGGGGGACUACACGGCGGGGCGGCCCACUACCUCAUACCGCCUGCCACACCGAGUGGACGGUACCGGCUUUGUGGUGUACGAUGGCGCCGUCUUCUACAAUAAGGAACGGACGCGGAAUGUGGUCAAGUUCGACCUGCGCACUCGCAUCAAGAGCGGCGAGGCCAUUAUCGGCGGUGCCAACUACCACGACACUUCACCCUACCGCUGGGGGGGCAAGACGGACAUUGACCUGGCUGUGGACGAGAAUGGUUUGUGGGCCAUUUAUGCCACUGAGCAGAACAAUGGCAAACUGGUAGUGAGCCAGCUCAACCCCUACACACUGCGCUUCGAGGGCACCUGGGAGACGGUGUACGACAAGCGGUCAGCCUCUAAUGCCUUCAUGGUCUGUGGAGUCCUCUAUGCUGUACGUUCGGUGUCCAAGGAAGAUGACAGUGAGGUCAUCGGUAACACCAUCGACUUUGCCUUCAACACCAAUCUCAACCGGGAGGAGCCGGUCUCCAUCGCCUUCCCCAACCCCUACCAAUACGUCUCCUCUGUGGACUACAACCCCCGGGAUAACCAGCUCUAUGUCUGGAACAACCACUUCGUACUGAGGUACUCACUGGAGUUCGGACCCCCUGACCCAACCACAGCACAAGUCACAGUGGCUUCCACAAGCAAUACAGCUGCUGCAAAACCAACCAUGGUAACCACGACAACCACCACCAGGAAAGCCCCGCUCACUACCAUCGCUGUGGGUGCAAUUAACCAGCUAGUACCGGAGCAGAGGCCCAUCACUCCAAAUGUCCCCAGUACCAGGCGGACACCCCUAUCCAACCAACAGCCAUCACCACAGCGAUACUGUGAGUCAACAGAGUCCAGAGGCAUCAAGUGGCCAUCGACACAGCAAGGUGUACUCGUGGAGAGACCAUGUCCCAAAGGGACUAAGGGUAUCGCCUCCUACCUCUGUCUCCUUUCACUUGGACUUUGGAGCCCAAGAGGCCCUGAUUUGAGUAACUGCACCUCGCCCUGGGUAAACCAAGUGGCACAAAAGAUUAAGAGUGGAGAGAAUGCAGCUAACAUUGCGAAUGAGCUGUCCCGGCACACUAGAGGCCCAAUUUAUGCUGGCGAUGUCAGCUCCUCUGUCAAACUGAUGGAGCAACUACUGGAUAUUCUUGACGCCCAGCUGCAGGCUCUGAGACCCAGCGACAAGGAAUCAGCAGGACGCAGUUACAACAAGAUACAGAAACGGGAAAGGACCUGCAGAGCGUACAUAGAGGCUGUUGUACAAACUGUCGAUAACCUACUGAGACCAGAGGCUCUGGAAUCAUGGAAAGAUAUGAACACCACGGAGCAGGUUCACACAGCAACCAUGUUGUUGGAUAUCUUGGAGGAGGGGGCCUUCCUACUGGCAGACAACCUCAAAGUGCCUGCUCGAGUCAACACCACAACUCAGAAUGUCGUAUUUGAAGUCUGUGUGCUCAACACUGAAGAGCAGGUGAAGGAGCUGACAUUUCCAAAUGGUUAUCUGACAGAAAGCUUUAUCCAGAUCUCGCCAAACACCAUCAAACAGAACAGCCGCAAUGGGGUUGUGAAGGUGGUGUUAAUCCUGUACAACAACCUGGGCCAGUUUCUAUCAACAGAGAAUGCCACAGUGAGAAUGGGCACAGAUGUCAGUAGCCAGAGCACUUCCAUCGUCGUCAACUCUCAGAUCAUUGCUGCUUCCAUCAACAAGGAGUCAAGUCGGGUCUUCCUCACUGAGCCAGUGAUCUUCACCCUGCAGCACCUCGAUUCGAAAAACCACUUCAAUGCAAACUGCUCAUUCUGGAAUUACUCAGAACGAACCAUGAUGGGGUUUUGGUCAACACAAGGUUGUCGUCUGAUAGAGAGUAACAGAACUCACACAGCCUGUGCCUGCAGCCACCUUACCAAUUUUGCAGUGCUGAUGGCUCACAAGGAGAUUUUGUAUGAAGACCGAAUGCACAGGUUGCUGCUAUCUGUUAUCACCUGGGUGGGCAUCGUCAUCUCCCUCGUCUGCCUCACCAUCUGCAUCUCCACGUUUUGCUUCCUUCGAGGAAUUCAGACAGACCGCAACACUAUUCACAAGAACCUCUGCAUCAACCUCUUCAUUGCAGAACUCAUCUUCCUCAUCGGUAUCAACAAAACUCAGUAUCAGAUCGUGUGCCCAAUAAUCGCUGGCUUCCUUCAUUUCUUCUUCCUGGCGGCCUUCUCCUGGAUGUGUUUGGAAGGUGUCCAUCUCUACCUCAUGCUGGUCGAGGUCUUUGAGAGCGAGUACUCCAGGAAAAAGUACUAUUACCUAUGUGGGUACUGCUUCCCUGCUCUUGUGGUUGGGAUCUCUGCAGCAGUGGAUUACAGGAGCUACGGAACUGACAAGGCAUGCUGGCUCCGAGUGGACAACUACUUUAUCUGGAGUUUUAUUGGACCGGUUUCCUUUGUUAUUAUGAUGAACCUGGUGUUUCUGAUGAUCACCCUUCACAAGAUGAUACGAAGCAGCAGCUCCUUGAAGCCAGACUCCAGUAGGCUGGAGAAUAUCAAUUACCCCAUAUGUGAUGGCUACUAUAGUAUGGACUUGCCUGGAUAUGAGGACAACAAACCAUUUCUCAAGUCCUGGGCUUUGGGUGCUAUCGCUCUCCUUUUCCUGCUGGGUCUCACCUGGGCAUUUGGCCUGAUGUUUAUCAAUGAGGAAUCCAUGGUGAUGGCCUAUCUCUUCACAACAUUCAAUGCAUUCCAGGGAAUGUUCAUCUUCAUCUUUCACUGUGCCCUCCAGAAGAAAGUCCACAAGGAGUAUAGUAAGUGCCUGCGGCACGCCCACUGCUGUAGCCGCCCCACUGCUGGGGUCUCCCACGGCAACCUGAAGACUUCCACCAUCCGGAACAGCAGCCGGUACUACACUGGUACUCAGGUACAGAACGCUGCGGCGAGCAGGAGGAUGGCUGAAAAGAGCCGGAUCCGGAGGAUGUGGAACGACACAGUUCGGAAGCAAUCGGAAUCUUCCUUCAUGGCAGGAGACAUCAAUAGCACUCCAACCCUAAACCGAGGAACUAUGGGAAACCACCUGCUGACCAAUCCUGUUCUGCAGCCUCGUUCUGGUGCCAGCCCCUACAACACUCUCUUGGCCGAAUCAGUGGGCUACAGUGCUCCCUCACCCACCGUCUUCAGCUCACCAGGGACCUACAGAGAGACAAAGCACCCAGCAAACAUCACAAGGGACCCAUGUGCAGUGGAUACACUGCCUCUCAACGGCAAUUUCAACAACAGCUACUCCUUCCGAAACAAUGACUUCAGUGGUGAUGGUACCCCUCUCACUGACUGCCGGCGUAACCUCAGCGAUGCUGCCUUUGAGAAGAUGAUCAUCUCUGAGCUCGUCCACAACAAUCUCCGUCCUGGUGGCAAGACCCUGCCUGGGGAGCAGGGGGCACCAGGCAGCAGCGGGGGUGGCAGUGGAGGAGGGGUGGGAGGUGGAGGUGGUGGAGGAGGAGGAGGGGGAGCCACCAGCAGUGAAGACGACGCCAUCGUCCCUGACGCCCCCUCCCUGACCCAGGAGGACAACAUGGAGAUUGAGCUGAUGUACAAGGCUCUGGAGGAGCCCUUAUUACUGCAGCGCGCUCAGUCGCUCCUCUACCAAAGCGAUCCAGAACUAGAGGAGUCCGAGAGUUACACUGCUGAAAUAGCAGAUGGCUUAGAUGGGCAGUUGCCGUCCCCAAACAGAGACUCCCUCUACACUAGUAUGACCAACCUGAGAGACUCCUCCUACCCUGACAGCAGUCCAGAGGUGAUGGGUGAGACCAUACCCCAUUCCCAGGGCAACGACGAGAUCUACUACAGCUCCAGGCCCAACAUGGUGUUCAGGAGCCAGCUCCAGGCCUACUACCAGUCCAGGAGAGGCAGCAACGAUGGCUAUGCCAUCUCAGUCAAUGUGGAUGACUCUGUUGCAGAAGGUGAUGGGCAAAUGCAACUGGUGACCAGUCUCUGAAACAAAAGUGGGGGGGGGGGGGGAAUGGGUUGGGGAUGGGGGGGGGUAGUGGUGUUGGGACAAUUCACGCACCCAGGGAAAAGUUGCCCUUAGUUAUGGCGGAAGCGUAGGGCUGUAAUCUGUACAGAAGACCAACCUAGUUGGAGCAGGGCUGCCAGUUGUUUUAUUUUUUGAUUGUUGUUGACGCUCGACUCUUACAAACCUUGGGAUUGCCGGAUGAAUCAAUUACUACCUCCAGCCAACUUCUCCGUACCCCAGGCGUGAGAAUGUCGCCGGUUGUUACCUGGGGGUAGGGGGCAGGGAGCAGGGUGGGGGUUGGAUGCUGAGGUUGGAGGCAGGAUUCAUCACCGCUCUGGGGAAGACGGCGGGAGGGGGGAUCGAUGCGAGGAAACAGAUCUGCAGCCCCGGUCUUGACAGACCCACAUCGAUCCGCUGGCCAAGGCGGUGAGCGGCCCAACGGUGCGCACACAGAAGGACACCUCCCAGCUCCAGGGAAGCCAGGCAACUCUGACACGAUGCGACGUCCAAACCUGAACCCCGCCGGCGGUUUCCGACUUCACCGUUGGCGUACAAAGUGGAGCCGCCUUCGAUAAAGCUUCCUGCCCCGCCGAGCCUCCAUUUCAUCAUGUGAGGCGGAGUCUUCCCCUACCAAGACUUUAUUUUGCCCAGGCUCAAACGUGCGUGGGACUCUCUUGCUGCUAAGUUGUCUGGAGUCCAGCGUCAAGGUCGAUUAACUCCUCCCCAGCAUCUCCACGUUUCUUGCAGCCUCACCCCUCCCCCCAAAACGUCGCGGACGCGGGGGUGCGCAGUCGAAGGAGGCGAAGCGACGAGGGAUCUCGUGUUGGCUGUGCCAGGGAAGUUGGUUUCUCAGCAGCAACAUGUCUGAACCUCGAGCCCUGUCGACCUCAAAACGCAUCCCACUCCCUGCCACUUCUCGGGGCCUACCUCGGUGGCAGAAGACGAGCACGCGAGUUACUGUCUUUCGAUGGAGCCUCGCACGCGGGCCAGGGGAUGGCGGUUGGUGGACGGUUGGAGAUGGGGGCGGUAACCGUGGGGGGAGGGGCGGGGCGAAGGGCAGAUCCCGCUCCCGCUCCCGCCUGCUGCCCUUCACCAGAGCUCACAGACAAUGUAAAUAGCAAACGGAUCCACCCGCGUCGGGAAGCCACAUUUUUGGUUUCAAAAAAAAAACGUUAACAACAAUCCGGAUCUUUCCCUGUGCUUCGGUGCCGCCAAACUGGCAGGAAAUUAUCGACCGACAGAGCUCAGGCCCUGCUUCGUAACGGCGAAGUGAAAUUGACGUUAUUCAUCUCUUACGGUACAUGUAUUACAUACAAUUAAUGGCCUUCUGCCCCAAACAUAUGAAAGGAUGUACUUUCACCUCAACUUUAAACAAAGAAUUCUCGAUGGUGGACGGGCCCCAUUUUAUUUUGUUGUGGUUGUAAGUCAUCAUUGAGCUGUGUCAUUGAACAACAAACAAAAAAAAAUACACAAAGUGUUUAAUAUCCUCUUAAACCCUUUGAGUUCUCAGAGCACAAAACCUUUUAUAGUCACGUCGUGUCCCCAAUUACAGAGGAGGAGGCAGACUAGACAACCGUGUUCAGAAGUUGCCUUUUGUUGCCUUUUCAAAAAGAUGGGACUUUUACAAUUGGUGUGUAUGGGUGUGAGUGUGUAAAGAAAAACAAAAAGAGAAAAAAAAUCUUGCCAAUAUAAGCUUUAGACACAAAGAGUGUUACCACACAGUCUGUUCACAGCACUUUCAACAUCAGUCUGACAUAAGCUACAACUCAUGUCAUUGGCCCUUGUGGGCAGCCAACUAAAUCUGUACUUUUCUUCAUUGUAAUACCAUGGAAACCGAGGCUUGAGAUGUAAUCCUCCUGAAAUCAGCUCUGUGCUCUGAACAUGCAAAGAGGGCUCACUUGUUGAAUGUCCAAGAGUAAAUCUGAGUCUCUGAUGUGGAGAAUCCUGUGUGGGGGUCCCAGGUGAGUCAGGCUGUAGCACAGAGGACAGCUUGUCCAAGCGAGCUUCUGGUGAGGAGGAGUAGAGAUCAACUCUGUGUUAGUGAUGCAGAAGAUUAAACACUGCCUAAAUUGUGGAUGGUGACCUGCACAGCCCAGAUGAAAACCCAUUAAAACUUGUGCAUAGUGCACACUGGUGUGAGGCGUCUUACAUGCUUCAAAAUUAAAAAUCACACAACACCAGGUUAU